AUGAUUCCGUUAUUGCUUGUAUUUUCUUCGGGACAAGUAUUUUUCGUGACCAGUCAGAACAACGGCAACCCUUAUUACGGAGUACCACUUGGUGCUCUUCAUUACAGUGAUGGUAAUACACGAGCGGAAGCAUAUGCUGCUAAUGAAUAUACCGUCAUUUUUCAUCAUUUCACACAUCGACCACGUCAACUAGGAUGCACUUCGAUGAUAAUUGGACCACCACGGACAACUGAUCGUAACACGGUUAAUGGCGGUGUUUUCUUGUCGAUCUCACAACCCAUGAUAGCAUCUCAGCCCACUAUUAGAAGACGAUUUACCCGUCAAGUGUCCUUCUCUAUUUUCGGCAUGCAUAAUUGGCCUGUUGAAUUUGGUCAUCUCGAACUUCGAAAAGAUGGCAAAGAACCAAUAACGACCCAGCAGAAAGAUCCGUUUGCGGGAAUUGAAAUCGAUAUGAAUCCAUCGGAGGACCUUACUCCGAAAACAAAAGACAUCCAUAUCGAGGGAAUCAGCGGUCCUGAAAUUACAGCUUCAUCAACCACAUCAACGACGAACUUCAGUGCAAUUUUCUCCUCAGUCGCUACAACUCAGAAUGAUUUUUCUUCUGAGUCAAUGAACGAAAUAACACUGUUUGACACAAAUACAACCAAUAUAUUUGAUGGCAGUGAAGUAUCCGAGAAAAUCGGCGAUGAAGUUGAACAAUCAAAUCCCACCACCGACAACAUCAUUAUUACAAAUAAAAAUACAACAACUGUGACUAACAAUCUUAAAUCGACAAGUGAAUCUGAAGAUUUCCAUACCGGUGCUGAGUUUGAAGGUGAUGAGAGAUUGACGACUACAAUAUCCUCAAAUGAUAUUUUGAAGCGAGUAAGGCCGUUGACAACGGCAGAAGGUAAUCAAAAUGAUAUCAGAAAUGAAGAAGGACAAGUUGAUAAUGAAAUUAAGGACGUUGUCAAAAAUGGUGAUAGCAGUGAAAUAUUUGCAAAUGGUGAUGUUUUUCUGCAUGAACGAAAUGGAUAUCCAUUAAAACAGGAAAAAUUACUGUCGCAUCAUGAAAAGAAAGCUGAAAAAUCCAUCAAAUUUGACCGAAAAGACAAAGGAUUUCCAAUUAUGCUUGGUGAAACUAUAUCUGAAAAAUGGGCCAGAAAAUCGUUACGGCAAUCUACUGCGGAAAAGCGAACUAAAGGUAAUGAAGACAAAUCAGCGACAGACGACUAUUUAUUAUCGGAUAAGUUCUUCAAAACAGAUGGAGAUGUGGUAUUAGUGUCAACUCAAAAUGCUGCAAUUACCACGAUGCCUUUAUCCAGAGAAUCGACACCGUUAUAUUGGGUUAUCCAAGAUCCCAGGUUGACGAAGAGAAGACGCAUGGAACUUCAAAAAAAGAAUAAACAUGAAAAUAACUUGGAUCAUAGAGCAGUAACGACAGUUACGACAACUGCAAUUGAAUCUCGUCUCAAAGUACACAUCGAUCGUCGCUUUGAGCUACCGUUGAUUGAGGACAAAACAGUUGUAUUUUCGGUUACGAAUGAUGCAAAGAUAACAGAAUAUCAGUGGAUUGCUUUACGUGAUCACUGUGCUCAAGAGAGUAAGUCUAUGGCCCAUCCUAAUUUUGGAGUACAAAUUAAUGUCUUAUCUUAUCAGCCUUACUUAAAAAAUUAUUUAAAGAAAACGAUCCCGCUGUUAUCAUUAAAAGGAAUUGAUCCGCCACAUGAGGAGAAAAUUGGUGCUCUGUUGGGACAGUCUCAUAACGUUACAUCGCAACGUGUACAGAUUUUGAAUUGCAAUACAAUCUUCAUACCAGACUUUGUAUUCGACCAAGGAAACGAUACAUCAGAAACAUAUUUCUACAUUGGUAUUGGGCAUUUUCCUGACAGAAUCGAAAAACAGGUGCGCGCCUACGUUGUUGGACAACCACCUGAUCAACCGUUGAGGAACUAUAAAAGUGAAAAUGUGAUGAUACGUCUACCGAAAACGUACCGCACAUUUGAUAUUGACUUCAUUUCGGUAUUCAAUGAAAUAGAAAGACGAUCGUAUGGACACGUUAUUACGCCAAGCUUACUUGUACCACCGUGUAAUGAUUAUGAUGUCAUCUAA